GUUCAAUUGCUAGGUCAUGUCCGACUCUUUUGAGACCCCAUGGACGGCAGCCCAUCAGACUCCUCUGUCCUUCACUACCUCCUGGAGUUUGCUCAAAUUCCUGUCCAUUGAGUUGGUGAUGCUAUCUAAUACCACUGAACUGUACACUUUAAAAUGAUUAAGAGGGAGCUGGGGGUAGGGGGGCGGCCCUGGUGUAGGGGCUGUGGCGGUGCGCGGGGACUCGGUGCGGUGGUUGCGGUUGCUGCGGAGCUGACGAGAAACUACUAAAGUUCCUGUGGACGCAAAGAAGAAUUUCAUAAGAACAUAAUGGAUGGGGAAGAGAAAACCUAUGGUGGCUGUGAGGGCCCUGAUGCCAUGUAUGUCAAGUUGAUAUCUUCAGAUAGUCAUGAAUUUAUUGUAAAGAGAGAACAUGUGCUAACAUUAGGAACAAUAAAAGCCCAGUUGAGUGGCCCAGGUCAGUUUGCUGAGAAUGAAACUAACGAAGUCAAUUUUAGAGAGAUCCCUUCACAUGUGCUAUCGAAAGUAUGCAUGUAUUUUACCUACAAGGUUCGCCACACUAACAGCUCCACGGAGAUUCCUGAAUUCCCAAUUGCACCUGAAAUUGCACUGGAACUGCUGAUGGCUGCGAACUUCCUAGAUUGUUAAAUAAAAUAAAUUAUAACAAACUGUUAACUCUUUUUCAGUAUUUAAUACCUGUAGUUCAGUUAGUACUUUUUUCAUAUAUAGCAUGUUGCCUGUGUGCAGUUGAACUUUAAAGUUCAUUGCAAAGCAGAUUAUCUUCUGUUCUUUUGCAUA